AUGCCAGACGCUAAAGUUAAAACCCAAUACCUUAGAACCAAUAUCAGUACUGUACAAUGUUCUAGCCGCAUGUUCAUCAUUGCCACAAUCCCCAGGAUCAACCAAGAGGGCGAGACACCACUAGCAACUGCUUACUUCCCUACUAAACAUCAGCCUCCAUUAUUUAUCGGCCCCGCACUAAUCACUUUAAACACCCGUCAAGCUGCAAGCUCUGCCAGCCCCCCGAGGACGAGAGCGAUGACUGCACUUGCGAUAGCAAUACCUGCUAUUGCGCCCGUAGAUAACCCCCCGGAGCGCUCGGAUUUCGCAGACGCAUUUGAAGGUGUGAUGGAAGGUAUCUUCGAAGGUGUGUUCGAUGGUGUGGUGUUCAGAGAUGAGACCGAACUGCUAGACGUUGUAGCCGCUGAUGACAGGCUAGAAGUCGUACCUUUAGGUACAAACGUGGAGACUGUGGCCCCGGCAGAGCCUAGAGUCACGGUACCAGUGUUGAGGGACACUUGGAAUCGCCCAAUUCCAGAGUAA